AUAAUCGUUAAACCACUUGCAUAUUUAGCGUUGAUUUAAAACUGUUGUGAUGUUGUUUUCUUCACGAAUUUGUAUGCUACACAGAUAUUAGUUAUACGUCCUACACGAAUUUGAAUGGUAUUUGGGAAAGAUUUACCUCCUUACAUUUUACAUGAUAAAACUGUAAGUAUGAGAGUCUUCAGCUGUCUCACAAGGUUGGAAGCAUAUUGCCCAUGCCAUUUACCGCGACACCGACUUUAUUGAUGGAUUCUCAUAGUGUGCCAGUACAGAACAAAUUAGAGGUAAGAAAGUGUUUUAAAUUAACGCUAAUGGCCUCUUUUACAAAGCAUCUUAGUACUCAUGUUUAUUUCCAUAUGGACAGGACCGGAUCACAACGCAAAACCGGAACGGGUUCGGGCUUUUCCGGCUUUGUCCAAGAAGCGCCACCUAUAAGCAACAACGGUAAGUCACGAAACAAAGAAAACAAUUCUCAACAUCCAGGUGGUCGAUCUAACCAUCUCCAGAGGAAUUACUACUCUGGUGAGAGAGAAUUUUCAGCAAGAAGUCGAAUUCCAGACACUCAGAGUUCCAUGAUGGGCAGAGAACACUCUCGUCCAGACUACGACGAUUUUGAUAUUUUCUGCCAAAGUCCAACAAUGCUAUCCCCAGAACUCACGGCUAGGGAUAAGAACAGACGAAAACUAUGGCGAAGAUCAAAAGAUAGUUUCGAAUUAAAAGCUGGGGAUAUUUUUAAGCCUUCAAGUUAUCUUAGUUCUAGAUUUUCUGAAACAACGUUAGACCAUGAUAUUAAAAGAACGCAGCAACAAUUACCGGGACAAUAUGUACAGAAACGUAAAGGUGAUGUAAGGCCGCCACGUCAUUCUCCUUCAACAGCAGCUGUCGAUGAGCGUCAGGAAGGUUCGACAGUUCAGGAAGUUCGAGACUGUUUUAUUAUUCCCACUCACCUUAUGAGCCGUUUCAUGCCGUUUCACCAUGAGAGUAGCCUCAGUCUUCCUUCUCAAGCUCUGAGUAUGAUGAAAAUCACUGACCCUAAAAUUUGCAUAAUAUUCGAUUUUGGCGAGAAUACCUCUUUUGGUUCUCAAGAUUUACCGUCACCGACCACUGCGCUUGACCCGCCACCGAAAGACUGGCUGAUGAUACAGCUCAGCCGCCAGCAGAAGCAGUUAGGUUGGAUACAAGAGUCCCUAACAGCUUCAGAGGGCAUGCUCCUGAUGAACGUCGAACAACACAGUCAGUUUCCUUUCAUCACUUACUUAGUGCUUAAUACAAACCACAGCGACCCCCGAAGGCUGGUUAGUGAACUUGAAAAUAAUUAUUUACCAUCUUCCUGUCAGGAUCAGUUGCAUCACAUAGCUGGUUAUGAAGAGGUUGCCACAAUCGCUAGACCUCCAAUAGAUAUGCUGCCUAAAGCGCCAACGACGAACAAAACAGGUUACAUAAUUUCGGCUUUUCGGGUAUUUCCGGGAGAAGAUCGUGAAAAGCUCGAGCGUAGCUGGCUGAUGUGGACAGGUGCGAGACUGAUCUACAAGCGCUUGCCUCGCCUACUAGGUCUGCGUCGAAUCACUUUUCACAAGAAGAUUUGUCCUGAACGCGGGAUUACAUACGUGCUUCUAUGUGAAUGUGCUGCUCUUAUGGAACGUGUGACAGAAGCUUGUGUAUUCGUGGACCAAUUAAGAGCUAGAUGCUGUGGUUACACUGCCCUCUACCGGGUAGUUGAUAUAUUUUGAUGCUACUCAUAUGAGGAGAGCUAAAGCUGUGAUUGUCAAGUGCCAUUGUUUAGGUAAAUAACCUUAAAGAGGCGUUGUGGAUCCUUUUUCGUGUUUUUAUGUACAAUGUAAAGCAAACUGAAAUUAGUCGUUAGAAAAAGGAUCAUUCUUGACAAAACUUUAAUAUGUAUAUAUAUAUAUAUAUAUAAUGUGUGCAUACAUGUAACUUGUCGAAGCUGGAUAUUGUUUAUAACUUAUUGUAAUCAACUGUGUGUUCCUUUAAUAUGUCUGUGUUUUUGGAUUUGAUUUGAACUUUAUCAACAAGAUGAAAAUUUGUAAUUGAUAUAUAUGAAUCUUUAGUCUAAUAUUUUGUGCGUGUGAGAAAUAUAUUAGAGGCUUUACAAAUACAGUUUCUCGUAGAAUUUAAGCCACUACAUAAACGUUUUAAGAUUUUAGUGUUUGUUGACAAAAGCUCACUUAUAAAAUGUUUGUGUGGUGUGUGCAUAGUUAUUCAACACUUUUGGUAAAAUGUGUCUGAGUUUAGCGCUGCUAUCUUCCCCAAACUUCAUAAACUGGAUGAGAACGAAAGUUGUUAGUGCGUAGAAAGAAGUAUUUCUUUCCACGCAGUAAAAACUAUCAUUCUGAUCCAGUUUAUGCAGUUUUGGAAAGAUUUUGCU